UAAGCCGAGAUUGUCAUUCGGCUGGAAAUAGGCAAUGCGAUACGCGAAAGAUAUGCCAUUGUUGUCUAAUGCCGAUCGUUGAAAACAACGCGUGACAAUUCCAAUAGCGAAUCGGCUCGACUACGUGUAGGGUUUCGGUUUUUGAUUACCGUGAGGCCUGAGUCACGAACCAAGUGGACAAUUUCCGGAAGCCGUGGGGUGGGUGUCUUACGCGAAUAAGCUAUAUUGAUUUGCAAACGUUACCGGUGUCAGAUUACACACCGGUCAUUGGUCUACCUUAAUUUCAAUAUCGAUUAGAAAAAUUUAACGCUGUAAUCUUGCAUUCUAAAAAAAUUAAUAGAGAAGAAGAGAGAAUUAGUUUGAUAAAAAUCAAUAUAAUUAACAAUAUAUUUGAAACGUUAUAUGUAAAAAAAAAAAACAAUAUAUGUUUGAAGUUUUUUUCGUGGGUAAAUUUUAUAGAGAAUUUUCGAUAUUAAAUAUAAUCGUUGGCGAUCAGAUCGGUGAUAUUCGACUACGAAGAGAGCCGAAGAAGGGAAGCGAAGUACUCAGGUGCAUCGAGUGGUGGUAGUAAAUGCGACACGACGCCUGUAAGAGUCUCGCUUGCUUUUAGUUGCCGAUCUCCGUCUCGCGUCGCGGUUUCUUAUUCUUCGCAUUUGUCGUCGAAGCUUUCAAAAUCAGUGCAUCAAUUAUCGUGAGCGAAAGAUACUUGCCUUUUUAAAGGAGAAAAUUAUUUAUGUCAUUUUUAAACACUGUUUUCUUUCAUCUCUCUCUUCCUCUCGUAUAUCAAGGGCGACGUACGAGAAGUGCGAAAUGCUCUCUUGGCAAAAUUUGUCCGUUUAUGCGAUGGAUCGAAACCGACGCACCAUAAGCAAGCAGCUCAUCAGUAAUGUUCGAGGUGUCGUACGGCCCGGCGAGCUAACUGCGAUCUUGGGAGGCAGCGGUGCUGGGAAGAGCUCGCUGAUGACGGCGCUGGCAUUUCGCACAGGAUCCGAUAUCGUUGUGCACGGCGACGUUUGCGUCGAUGGUGUAUCAGCUACCUCGUCAUACAUGAGACGUCACAGUGGCUUCAUGUACCAGGAGGACAUGUUUAUCGAGACGAUGACUGUGCUUGAGCAUAUCUGGUUUAUGGCUAGGAUGAAACUAGACGGAAGAAUUCACGUGUCUAACAUUCGACUGAAGAUCGAUCGUUUGCUGAGGGACGUGGGUCUAAUGGAGAGACGCGAUGUUCGCAUCGGCGGCAUUGACGACUGCAAAGUUCUCUCGGGAGGAGAAAAGAAGAGAUUGGCCUUUGCUACUGAACUGUUGACAGAUCCUAAAAUACUCUUCUUAGAUGAACCCACGACGGGACAAGACGCGCAUUCGGCCGGCGUCAUCGUCUCGCACAUGAUGUCUUUUGCGUCGAGAAAUCGCACGAUCUUGUGUACCAUACAUCAACCGAGUUCUGUCAUCUUUGACAGCUUCCAUCGUAUAAUCCUUCUAGCUGGUGGUAGAGUGGCAUUUGCUGGUACCGCUACGCAAGCAAUACAAUUUUUCUCUAAACAAGGCUACGAGUGUCCACGCAAUUAUAACCCGGCCGAUUUCCUGGUAGCGACCCUAGCAAUCUCUUCCGGCGACGCGGACGGUAGCGGAAAAAUCGCGCAGAAGAUUUGCGAUGCGUAUCUCACGAGCGGAGCGUGCAACGAAAUCGACGUCACGCUGCAAUUGGAGAUCGAUACCAUUCGAUUGCGACGCACCAAGCGAGAUACUUGCGAAUUACGCUCCUUCAAGGAACCGCGCUGCUGGCUUCAAUUUUAUUGGCUAAUUCAUCGCGGAUUUCUGCAAGUUCUGCGGGAUCCUUCGAUACAAUUAAUUAAGAUACUGCAGAAGAUCAGCGUGGCGACCGUCGCCGGCCUGUGUUUCAUCGGCGCCAUCGACUUCGAUCAAUUGGGCAUCCAAGCCGUGGAGGGUGUCAUAUAUCUCUUGGUGUGCGAGAACACGUUCUCUCCCAUGUAUGCGAUCUUAUCCUUGAUCCCGCAGGAGUUCCCGCUUCUGGUUCGCGAGUACAAGGCGGGCAUGUAUCCCGUUCAUCUUUAUUACGCGGCGCGAAUGAUAUCAUUGAUACCGGGUCUGCUGGUGGAACCGGUGCUGUUCGCCACGAUAAUAUACUGGAUUGCGGGACUGCGUCCCACGAUCGACGCUUUCGGCUCGACUAUCCUGGUGGUUAUAUUCACGAUGAAUGUAUCUAUCGCUUGCGGAUGCUUCUUCUCGGCCGUCUACGAAAGCGUGCCACUGGCAAUGGCCUAUCUGGUACCUUUCGAUUAUGUUCUCAUGAUGACCAUGGGUCCUUUUAUCAAACUCAGUUCAUUACCCGUGUACAUGCGAUGGGUAAGAUAUUUCUCCUGGUUGCUACACUCGACAGAAGCUCUCACUAUUAUCCAAUGGAAAGGCGUGCACAACAUAUCCUGCGAAACAGUCGAGCUACCCUGCUUAACCGAAGGAACCGAGGUGCUGGACCGCUACGAUUUCGACGAGCGCAAUUUUUGGCCCGAUAUCAUCCUCAUGGCUGUUAUUUACGUCAUCUUCCAUUUGUUGGCUUAUGUUUUUUUGUGGAAGCGAUGCAGAUCGAAGUAAAAAAUUAAAAAAAAAAGUGACUGAAAAAGUGAUAUAUAACUUUAUUACUUAUGGCUUUUAGGAAGUGUGCCCUAAUCAGGAUUCUUGUCGCGAUGUGGUUUUUAGAUUAAAAAUUAUAAGCAAAAAUUAAAAAAUA